AUGGGCGAGGCCAAGCCUCUCUCGACGCCCAUGUCGACCACGACGGCCCUGGAUGCAGAUGAAGAAGGAGAAGCUGUGGACCAAAAGGAGUACCGAAGCAUGAUCGGGUCACUGCUAUACCUGACGGCGACAAGACCGGACAUCCAGUUCGCGGUCUGCUUGUGCGCACGCUUUCAGUCUUCGCCGCGCACAUCUCAUCGUCAAGCCGUCAAGCGGAUCUUGAGAUGCCUCCGUUUCACACCUGAGUUCGGUCUUUGGUUUUCAGCUUCCUCCUCUCUUUCUCUUUGCGGCUAUUCUGAUGCGGAUUAUGCCGGCUGCCGUGUUGAGCACAAGUCCACGUCGGGGACUUGCCAGUUUCUUGGGACUUCUCUUGUGUCUUGGUCCUCUCGCAAGCAAUCCUCAGUUGCCCAAUCCACCACAGAAGCCGAGUAUGUUGCUGCUGCUGCUUGCUGCUCCUAG